AUGAGGUGUUCUGCUCACAUAUUGAAUCUUAUUGUGAAUGAUGAGUUAAAUAACAUUAAGGAUUCAAUAACUCGUAUUCGUGAGGCUGUGAGGUGGAGCUCCACAUUUUUAAUGUUAGAAGCAGCAUUAGAAGUUCAAAAGGCAUUUGAGAGGUUUGAGGAGGAAGAUCCACAUUACAAGUUGGAACUUAGUAAUGAACCUCCAUCGAAGAGUGAUUGGGAUGAUGCUCGACUUUUGGCCAAAUUCUUGCAAAAAAUUUAUGAUACAGCUUUACGCUUGUCUGGAUGUUUAUAUGUCACUUCAAAUUCAUAUUUUCAAGAAGUAAUUGGAAUUGAAAGUCUUUUAUCCAAGUGGGCAAAAAGUUCGGAUACUUGUUUAAGUUCCAUGGCCUUUAGAAUGCAGAGCAAAUUUGACAAGUAUUGUUGGAGCAUUGAAAAAAUGGACAUAAUGUUGUUGGUUGCUCUUGUGUUGGAUCCUCGUUUCAAAAUGAAGUAUGUGAAGUUUUGCUCUGGUAAACUUUAUCCUCCUCACAAGGUAGAUGAGCUAACACAUAGGGUAAAAGAGGCUUUGAGUCGUGUUUUUGCUGAGUACCAAUUGUAUGACUCGCUUAAUUCAUCUUUGGCCACCUUGACUCGAAAUUCAAAUGGAAUGGCGGUUGAUCAGCCACUUGGAGAAGCACGUGAGCAAGAACACUUUCUUGAUUCUAUGUUUGAAAAGUACUUGGAAGAAGAAAACGAUAUGGAUUGCAAAUCUGAGAGUGUUAGCUCAAGUUGCUAA